ACGGCCAAGGAUUUUCGAUAUUAAGUAUCGGACCAUUUAGCCCUAUAUCUUCGUCGACAUUGCAUCCGCUAUAAGUAAAGUACCUACCUAGGUAUGGAUAGAAAUCUGUGAUAAAGUUGUGGAGUCGUUCGACAGGUCGUUCGAGUGCUGCUGGGAUUCUACCAACGGAAUUGGCCGAGUCGAGAGUAUAUCAAUCUCUGGAAGAUCAGAGAUUCGGGACAACUACCGCCAGGAUGCAUUCGGCAGCGGCCUUCUGCCUCGGGCUCGUGGCUAGCCUUGCUCAGGCAGCCGCUAUUGCCAAGCAUGCUGCUCUAGAAGACUGCCUCUCGAGCAGUAAGACAGUUGUAGAUGCGAUUGGUUCGGAGGACUACAACCGCGACAUCACACCCUUCAACAAACGGCUAGAAUUUACGCCUGCGGCCAUCGCCGUACCAACGACGGCGGAACAAAUCCAAUCCGCCAUAGCAUGCGGUUCGAGACUGGGCUACAAAGUCACCGCGAAAUGUGGAGGGCAUAGCUAUGCAUCUCUGGGUCUCGGCGGAGAGGACGGCCACCUUAUCAUCGAGCUAGAUCGCAUGAACUCGGUCAAGCUUGACAAGGAGACAAAUAUCGCGACUGUUGACUCAGGUGCGAGGCUGGGCCAUUUGGCAGCGGAGCUCUAUGAACAAGGAAAUCGUGCUAUAUCCCAUGGAACAUGCCCAGGCGUUGGCAUCUCCGGUCACAUCCUCCACGGCGGCUUCGGUUUGAGCUCUCACUCGCGUGGUUUGGCAUUGGACUGGGUGGUUGGAAUGAACGUUGCAUUGGCAAAUGGAUCGCUCGUCCAUACGUCGGCAACAGAGAACAAGGACAUCUAUUGGGGAUUGCUAGGCGCGGGCUCAAAUUUCGGUGUCGUCACAAGCUAUGAGCUGAAGACUUUUGAGCCUCCGGCAAAUGUUACGUGGUUUGUGGUGAACUUGCCGUUGAAGAAGAAUACUUCCGUUGCUGCUUUGGAGGCGAUAGAAGACUACACCCUGAAUACCAUGCCGGCUGAACUGAACAUGCGGCUCUUUGCUACGCGCCAAUUCACCCAGCUGGAGGGUAUAUACCAGGGAAAUAAGACAGACCUCCAGGAUGCGCUGGCGCCAUUAUUGAACAAGCUAGGUGCAUCCAUAGCGCAAGCUCAGACGACCACUUGGAUCAAGGGCCUUGAACACUUCGCUACUAUGAAGCUUAAUCAGACAUAUCCAUACACGCAAGUGCAAGAAAACUUUUACGGCAAGGGCUUAGAGCUGAAGGGGUUGAGCGGAACCGCGGCAAAGAACUUCGCCGACUAUUGGCUGGACGUUGCCAAGAAGGAGACAGCUCGGUGGUAUAUCCAGCUGGACCUUCAAGGAGGCAAGAACUCUGCGGUGUGGAAAGCCGACCCCGAAUUGACGUCGUAUGCGCACCGCGACAAGCUGUACAUCCUCCAAUUCUACAUGACGACGACAAGCGGUGCGCCGGACAAGGCUUUCAAGUUCGUCAACGACUGGGCGCAGACCACGAUCGCGCCCAUGGCCUCGGACGACUGGGGAAUGUACUUCAACUACCCAGACACGAACCUCAACCGCACGAGGGCGCAAGAGAUGUACUGGGGUAAGAACCUCGCCAGGUUACAGCAGCUUAAGGCGGAACUCGACCCCAAGGAACUAUUCUAUUACCCAGUGUCGAUUAGCCCCGCAGAGAAGCCCGAGGGCUUGUAGCGUGGGAUGCUGGGCGAGUAGGUGGGGGAACAUUUCGCAUGUGACGAAGAUAGAUGAGCGAUAUAAGCUGUGAAAGUCUGUCGAUGUCAUUUCUAGAUACCUCACAGGUACCUCAUAAACCUGAUAAACGUAGAAUGAGAAUGAG